UCGUUACCUGACAGUUCAAUUUUGCUAGGUUUUAUUUUGCAGGAGGAAUUGUUGUACCUUUGUACUAAUCUUUUAAAUACCUAGACACCAGGAUGCCUUUAAACAAUGAAGCGAAGUCCGAGAUGAAAGCUGCCUUCAAAUCAUUUGACAAGGACGGCAGUGGGACGCUAACCGCCACCGACUUGGCGAAGGCAAUGAACUCGGUUGCAGGGGGACUUACCGAGGCACAGUGCACGGAACUAAUCAAUCUGGCUGAUGCGGACGGCGACAAAAAGAUGAAUGUUGAUGAGUUUAUGAAGAUUGUCGAGGAAGGAUUGGCUCUGUACGAACAACAGAACCCGGGAGCGGACCUCAUUUCAGAGGAGUUCAAAAACUUCGACGUGAACGGCGACGGAUCGAUCGACAAGGACGAGCUGAGACAAGCCAUGAUCGAUAUGGGGGAAGAGGUAAAUGACGACGAACUGGAGGCCAUGUUCAACGCUGCUGACGCAGACGGCGACAAGAUGAUUUCAGUUGAGGAGUUCAGGAAAAUGUGCGGGCAUUAAUUACCACUUCAACCAGACAAUUAUUGAACUUAUUGUUUGCAUGAGUACGUGUUAAGAGCGUGAAUAACCUGAUACUUUUAAUAAAAUAUUUUAACGGUACUAUUAGUCCGAAUGUUUGUAAGAAAUCCAUUUCGUGAAGCGGGCCUUCGACGAAAGAGAUGUUUGUUGAAAUUUGAAUAGGCGAUCUGAUUAUUAUAUUUAUGCUAUGAAUAGCUCGGUUUACCAAGAUGCGAUUACAUUCAAUAAUUUUAAAACAUAUACGUAAUCUGUUUUCAAUAUUCUGGAAUUUUGUUGUUGACUUCGACAA